AUGACUACAACACAUCCCUAUACUGUUCCUGUUAUUGCUGGCGAUUUACGUCGUGCAGAAUUUAUUAAACAAGUUGCUGAUACAUUUGAUUAUUUGGAUACUGUAUCACAAGAUAUGUUUAAUCGUAUAGCUUUACGUUUAAAUGUUUAUCGUGCACAAUUAAAUAAAUUUGAUGAACGUAUUCAACAUGCUAAUGCUCAUAUUGAACGUAUAAAAGGUUCAAAACGUGCUAUUCAAGUUCAUUCAAGUGCACGUUAUCCAGUUGAACAAAAUCGUUCAACAUAUAAAUCAAUAUUUGAAUGUGAUACAGAUAAUGAUGAUAAUAAAGUACCUGUACUUCAUUAUAAUUUAUUUCGUUUAAAUGAAACAAUUGAUAAAUUUAUUGAUCGUAAGGAUAAAGAAUCAAAAUCAAAUGAUGAUACAUUAAUUGUAUUAAAACAAUAUGAUGAUAAUUUUAUUCAAAAAACAAAAAAACCUAUUUUAAAUGGUUUAGGUAGACCACCAACAAAUAUUACAUCAGUUGUUUCAUUUCUUAAAUAUAAUACACAAGAAAAUCCUUAUACACAACCAACAAAAAUUGAUCCAUUAAAUGUUGGUGGACGAAUACGUAAACAAGUUGAUGAACCUGCUCAAUCACGUUUUGUUGAAACUCCAUUACCUGCUUUUUAUAAACAAAUGUCUGAACGUCCAACAAUAGGUGAUUUUGGUUAUAAUCCUACAUUAGGUCUUGUACCUCAACUUUCUCUACCUGAUAAUUUACCUGAACUUGAAAAUUAUGCAACCUUCGAUGAUAAUACUGCUAUCGCUUGGACUGGACAACAAAUGACAUCGAUUGCACCUUCAUUUGCUAUUUCAAUGUUACCAGAUAUUAAAGAUUUAACAUCAACAACAACAACGACGACUGUACCUUUAAUUGAACCUCCAAAAACAACUGUACCUGCUCCUCCACCGGUUGAUAUGCCGACUAUUAUACCUCUUAUAUCUGCUUCAAACUCUGUUCCUCCUUCAACUGUACCAUUACCACCAAUAGCUCCACCAUUACCUUCGGUUGUUCCUUCAGUAUUUACACCACCAUCAACUGUUAAUGAAUCACAAACAACAACUAAUAAUGAAGUGAAUACGGAGAAUAACAAUGAUGAUGAUGAUGAUGGUGGUAAUCCUUUACUUGCACAAAUUCGUAAUUUUGCAAAAACAAAUAAACUUAAAUCAGCAUCUAAAACAAAUCCAGUUGAUGAAGCACCAUUACCAAGUUCACAUGAACAAGAAAGUAUUAUGGAUAGUUUAAAAAAACGUUUAAUGCAACGACGUGGUUUUAUAACAGGUGAAACAUCAUCAUCAACAUCAGCAAAUUUAGCUGAAAAACCUGUUGCACCAUCACCAGUACCACCACCAGCUUCAACUGGUGGUGCAUUUACAGAUGCAAUUGCAGCUAAAGCAAAAGAAAUAGCUAAUCAACAACAAAUUCAGAAAGAUGAUUCAGAUAAUGAUGAUGAUGAAGAGAAUUGGGAAUAA